AUGAAAUUCUUCCUUCCUCUACUCGUAUUAUGGGGAACAGUGAAUAGCGCCUAUGUUACGUUCAUGGUGGGCGAUUCAGAUAUUGUGUUGGAAACCGAUAUAGUAGAGAGCACGUCAAAUUCAGCAAUAACUGUAGGUGAACCUUUCAUUCCACAAUCUCAAAUAAUCACAAGAGUAUCCGCAUCCAGCAGGGGAUCUUUAACAUUCUCGCCUGACUUUGAAACAGCAAUAGCCUCAACAUUGAUCGAACAAAGUACUGAUAUAGAGCCUACUAAAACUACAACUACUUUGUGUACUUCCAAUUCAAUAGGUGAUAACUCACAGUACUCAUCAAUAUUCAACGUAGGCUCCUCAAUAAGUCCUCAAGAAUCGAUUACUGGAAAAAAUGGCAACGAUGACCACACAGUCUCCCUCAAUAACAACAGCUUUUCGACUGACGUCAGUUAUACAUUUAAAUCUAGGAUAUCAAGAACCAUUUUAGAACGUACCACUUUGCUACCAAGUACAGGUAAAACGACAACAUCUACGCUCUUUUCAUCAUCGUCACCAGUUUCUGGAACACAAUUGACUGGAACAAUUUUGACAUCCGUUUCUAGUGGAACAAAUAACCCUUUGGUAACCGAGAUGCCUUCCUUUUCAUCUCAAGAGACGAGAAUAGUACCUUCCUCCUUAGAUUCUAAUAGAACAAUAUUAACACCUUCAAUCGUCAUUACAAAUUCAGGAUCCAGUUCACCUUAUUCUGCGAACGGAACUAGAUCGGCACAUUCCACGUUCACGAUUAGUUCCAACAAUGGCAGAGUGUUAUCUGACGCUAACUCUAUUUCUGUGAGCACUUCUAACUAUGUCAGCCAGACUUUAUUUAAUACAAGCUCCACACUGGAAACGCAGAGUGCCUUUUAUCCUUCUUCCGUCUCAUCAGUUGGUACUGUGAGCUCGAUUAUAGAAGAAACAACUUCAGCCACCACUAUAGAGAAAUCCACAACGGAAAAUGCGUCAAGUAAUAGCGAUUCCGAUACAACCACUGUGUCAACACCAACCUCUGUGUCUACACCAACCUCUUUGUCUACAUCAACCUCUGUGUCUACACCAACCACUGUGUCUACACCAACUACUGUAACUCCAGCAUCGACCACAACUAUCAUUAAUCUUUUUAGAGCAAUCGACACAGAAAUACCACCAAAUGUUUUCGCCAGAGCUCCAAAUCCGACCUCUUUGGCAAGUGGUGUUUCCAAUGAUGGACCAGUCCAAACAAAUAAGUUCUACACAAAUCUAAUGGUCGGUGACCAACAAUCUGCAGCAUUUAUUUAUCCUUUCUCAAUGUGGAAAUAUGCUUCUUCCAAUAACUAUGGAUUUGCAGUUCAGCACACUAAAUCUAAUCAGUACGCUUAUGGAAACUACGAUAGUUCUGGGAAUUCGGAGUUUUUGAUAAACCCAUUAGGCAUUGCACAAGUUGUUCUUUCAGCAUCCGAUUUCGACUCAGGUAUGACGAUGCAGGUUGACGAAAUGACACCUUCUUCUACUAGAGUAGUGCUUGCGAAUUCAUACGAUUCCUCUAACUACCUACAGAUUCCUUUGGUCCAAGGCAUGGGGUUUGCCUCUGGGAUAUAUCAUGGGUCUUUGAACGCUAAAAUUGCAUCUAGUAUUGGUUUUAACACACUUGCUUUGGAAUCUUCUGACUCUUUAGCAGAGGGCGUUCUCAAAUACCGUAUAACUCUUUUGAAUGGUGUGACUUGGCUGUGUUAUGUUGUUGGACCAAAUGAUUCAAUUAUAUCAGAUUUUUCAUUAGAAGUCACUUCAUCUAAUGUAAUAGAAGCUAAUUCUAGGGUAGACGGACUUAUUAUUCAGCUUGCAAUAGCCCCAGCAGAUUCAAAUUACGACACAUUCUAUGACCAAGCUGCAGGCAUGUAUGUCACUGAUUUUCAAGUACGCGGUGUGUCUGAUGGAUCUUCUGCUAAUUACGAGUUUCUUUACACAACAGAGGGUAUGUCAUCAUCUGGACGUACAAUGGUGUUUGCUUUACCGCACCACGAGGCCUCAUUCACCGACAUCAUGCAAAACUCAUAUACUGGCAUUCAACUACAAUCAACGACGAAGGGAACCAUGAGUGGUUAUUUAACAACAAGUUUACAGUUUUCAACCUCUUUGAACAGACAGAUUUCUUGGCUACCCUGGUCGUCACAACUUGGAACUACACCUUUGGUCUACUCCGCAGAACAAUUGCAAUUAUUAGCCGAAGUUGCAAAUGCUGAAUUACAGGUCAGUGUAGCUGCAAGUAUUAGUGGCCUGAACACGUAUUAUAUCGGUAAAGUGAUCGACAAAUACGCCUAUAUCCUGUUGACCGUUUCUCAAAUCAUUCAAGAUGAUGCUGUCACUCAAAGCACUUUAGAAAAUCUCAAGUCCGCAUUUGAUAUUUUGUUGGAAAAUAGGCAAACCUAUCCCUUGAUUUAUGAUACGAAAUUCAAUGGUCUAGUUAGUUCAGGGGACUGGGCCUCAACCACGACUCAGUAUGAUUUUGGAAACACCUACUACAAUGAUCAUCACUUCCAUUAUGGUUAUAUCAUCCACGCUGCAGCUGUGAUCGGGUACGUCGAUUCCCAAUUAGGUGGCACUUGGGCCGCUGAUAACAAGGACUGGGUUAAUACACUAGUCAGGGAUGUGGCCAACCCAUCAACGGAUGACCAAUAUUUUGCACACUCCAGGAUGUUUGAUUGGUAUCAUGGUCAUUCUUGGGCGGCCGGACUAUUUGAAAACGGAAACGGUAAAAAUGAGGAAAGCAGCAGCGAGGAUUACAACUUUGCCUACGCUAUGAAACUCUGGGGUGCAGCGAUUGGCGACCUGUCGAUGGAGUUGAGAGGUGACCUUAUGAUAAGCAUUAUGAAGGAGUCCAUGAGUCGCUAUUUUUACUACGAGGAUGAUAACGCAGUUGAGCCUUCCGAGAUUGUCGGAAACAAAGUGAGUGGGAUACUGUUUGACAAUAUUAUAGAUUACACAACGUAUUUCGGAAGACAGGUCGAAUAUAUUCACGGGAUUCACAUGUUGCCAACGACUCCGGUAUCAUCAAACAUCCGCUCACAGUCCUUCGUUCAGCAGGAAUGGCAAUCGAAGAUAUCACCAAUCAUCGGAACGCUGCACAGCCCCUGGGCAGGCAUACUGAAACUGGGGCAAGCACUGUUCGACCCAGCUGAUUCCUAUGCCUUUUUCAGCAACUUGAACUUCGAUUCCGGCACCUAUCUCGAUAACGGCAUGAGUCGCACCUGGGCAUUAGCAUUUUCGGGGGGGCUUGCAAAUUCUCUGGGGGUAUUAUAG